AAACAGACGAAGAAGAAGCUGUAUCCUGAUCAAUAACUAGCUCCUCAUUUAUCUUUAAAUUAUACUUUUAUUUUUAUUCAUAACGAGAGAAAGAAUCAACCCGCAGCACGGCGACAGAUGAGACUUUAAGGUGACACGAUGCUGCUGGAGCGACUGGUCUGACUGGGACUCGUCGCCUGCUGCGUCGUCAUGGGGACGACGAUGAGCGAGCCGUGCAUCUACGACAAACUGUCGGAGAGCAUCGACAUCCUGCGCCAGUCGGGCUACCGCUACGGCAUGUCGGAGCGGGAGAUCGAGAGGUUCAUCAAGCAGGUUCUGGAGACCAACGAGCCCCGCAGAGAACCGCCACAGUUCCCCCUGCUCAGAGCCGCCAUGAAGGUGGUGGUGGCGCUGGGCGUGCUGCUGCUGGUGGUCCUGGCCCUCUGCUACCCCCACAGCUCCCAGUUAGGACUGGUCCAGCUGGGCUGCUGUAACUGGUCGUCUCCGCUGAGUCACGUCCGCCUGCUGUCACUGCCCAUCGCCAAGAAGUACAACCUGCAAGGGUUCCAUGAGUGGUGGAGUGCCGGUUCUCUCAGGCAGAACCUGGUGAACUGUUCGGGCUGUGCAGAGAUCUCCUCGGUGCUGGAGGUCCCUGAGAGCCUCAGAGGGACGGUGACCCUCAGACGGGGGCCACAGCUCGUCCUGCUGAAGGGCGGGGAGUCCCUCAGCGUGCAGCGGCAGCAGCUGGAGGAGCUCUACCUGGCUCAUUCAGGCUCCAUGUCCAUCCUGCUGGAGGAGGACGACGGCCUGCACAACCACAACCAGGGCCUCCCGCAGGGCCCCGCCAACUUCACCCUGCUCUGGAGGUUCAGCUCUGGGACCAGGGAGAAGGUCCUGAGGUGGCUCUUCCCCAAGGCGGAGCUCUGCCCCCUGCUGGACAGCGCUGGGACCAUCGUGCAGCGCUGCCUGGUCACCCACAGCACCAACUCCCAGAGCAAGGGGGUGGGUGUGUUCGGCUGGCUGGUGGUGGGUGAGGGGCUGCCGACGGUUCGAGUCCUGCCCGUCCAGCGCUGUCAGAAACACUGCAGCUCCUUCAACCUGUGGCUGGCACCUGGAGACAUGGUCUACGCAGACCCUCGCUACUGGCAGAUGGAGCUGUUCCCCGGCCGAGGCCAGAACAUCAUCUGUGACGGCUCCGUCUUCUGACCUGGAGGGUCAGGGGUCAGAGGUCAGAGGUCAGGACGACUGUGAAUGUUCGGUUUUCGGAGCUCAACGGCCUUAAAACCCUCCUGAUGCCCCCCUUACCCAUAACCACCCCACCAUACCAGAACUGGAAAACCACACACACACACACACACAUAGACAACUCCAGUUUGUAGUUUGGGAUCCUCCUGCAGGUUUUUCGAGGUUUGAGAGAAAUGACUCUGUGGCUCUGAGUCCCGGUCUGUGACUCUGAGUCCCGGUCUGAGACUCUGAGUCCCGGUCUGUGACUCUGAGUCCUGGUCUGAGACUCUGAGUCCUGGUCUGAGACUCUCUUUAGUCUCAGAUGUUGUGGAUGUUCUCGUGCCAUAUCUCCAGCAGAUCUGCAGCAUUAGAAGGAGAAAGUGAGCUGCUGUUUGUCUCUGAACUCUUAAAACCAGAUAAAUUAAAGAUGAACUGGCCGAGCAGAGUGACCUGAUGAUUAUUUGGUUCUUACCAAGAUAAAAAAAACUUUAGAUUUAGAAGUGUUAGAUCAUUUAUCUGGUUUUAAGAGUAAAUCUCUUAUUUUAAGUGUUCAACAUGUUUAUUUCUGUUUAGAUUUAAUAAUCUUAAUUUAAUAAAUCUUGUCAAGGUAAAUUAUCUGUCCAUGCAGCAGAUUUACUGUUUAUCUGGUUUUAGACCUUUAGAUUUACUGUUUAUCUGGUUUUUAUCAGUGUGGAGAAGUUCCAUGAUGUCAAAAUGACACAAUCACCCUAAAAGUAACAGGAAUAUUCAGUCUAAAUUACAAAAAAAAGAUUUGUUAUAUUUUAUUCUUCAGCUUCAGAUUUGUUUUUAAUUUUAAUUUGACUGAUUUUACAGACGAAGUUGCUUCUGUUAUUUAUUGUUCUGAUUGUAUGUAUAUAAAUGUUCAAGCCAUUAAUAUUUUAAUAGUAAUGUGUUGUAAUAUUAUCUGGUGAUUAUCAGUGAUGAUCAAUAAAUCAUCUUCAGAGAUUUUUUUCCCCAUAAAUCCACGAAGCAGAAAACAGAAUCUGUGUUUGGUGGAUGAUAAAUAAACAGUUUGCCAAAGUUCAAACGUGAGUUAAAGAAUCUGUUCAGAUGUUCGUUUUGAUUAGAAAUGUCAAAGUUUUAUGAGGAAAUUAAAACUUCUCAUCAUG